AUAAUCCAAAAGUUGCGAGAAGUAAAGGUGCUUCUUUAAUUUUUAUUUAAACAUCAAUAAUUUUCUUUUUUUCUUUUUUUGAGGUACAGAUUAGUAUUUUCAAAAAGUAAAUGCAAUGAGUAGUUUUUUUGGCAAUGACGUCUAUAAAUAGAAGUGCUUCAUGUGAAAUUCAAAGAUUCUACCAUGCCGCCGCACACCCGAGAAAACGGCCACUGCAUCACCCCACAAAUCGCGGUGGUAGUGGUGCCACUGCCGGCGCAGGGCCACCUCAACCAGCUCCUCCACCUCUCCCGCAUCCUCUCCUCUGCCGCCAUCUCCAUCCACUACGUCGGCGCCGCCACCCACCUCCGCCAGGCCAAGCUCCGCCUCCACGGCUGGGACAACCCGUCCUCCACCAUCCACUUCCACGAACUCCCCACCCCUCCCUUCCCCAACCCCACACCCAACCCCCACGCCCCCAACAAAUUCCCCUCCCACCUCCUCCCUUCGUUCUCCGCCGCCACCCAUCUCCGGCAACCGGUCCACUCCUUCCUCACCCAACUCUCCCCCAAAUUUAAACGGCUCGUCGUCAUCUUCGACUCCUUAAUGUCCUACGUCGUUCAAGACAUCGACUCCAUCCCAAACGCCGAAGCUUACUGCUUCCGCUGCAUCUCCGCCUUCACGGUCCUCUCCUUCUACUGGGACGCCGCCGGCCGCCCCGCCCCGCCGCCGGCGAUCAUGACUAAAAUUCCGCCUCUCGCCGGAAUAUUCCCCCCUGAAUUCUCAGAGUUCACUAACCUAAAUCGCAGCUGCCGGAAAAUUUCCUCCGCCGAUUUAUACAAUUCGAGCCGAGAAAUCGAGGGUUUAUACCUUGAUUUCAUGGAGACCGUGAAAACCACCGGCACCGACAAAAUUUUUGCGAUCGGCCCUCUCAAUCCGAUUUCACUACAAUCGAAAAUCCGGCAUGAAUAUCUCGAUUGGCUCGACGCGCAGGAUCACGAUUCAGUUAUCUUGGUCUCGUUUGGAACGACAACGUCGUUUCAAACGGAGCAGAUUCGGGAUUUGGCGCUAGGGUUAGAGAGGAGCGAGGUGAAGUUUAUUUGGGUGUUGAGAGAAGCAGACAAGGGCGAUAUCUUCGGCGGCGGGGCUCGGGCGCCGGAGCUGCCGGAGGGGUUUGAGGAGAGGGUUAGAGAGAGAGGGGUUGUGGUGAGAGAGUGGGCGGCGCAGGUGGAGAUUUUAGGGCAUCCGGCGACGGGGGGAUUCAUGAGCCACUGCGGGUGGAAUUCGUGCAUGGAGAGCAUCUCAAACGGUGUGCCGAUGGCGGCGUGGCCGAUGCAUUCCGAUCAACCGACUAACGCGUUUUUGGUGGCGGAGGUGCUCGGGAUUGCCGUGAGGGUUGUGGAUUGGGUGUAUCGGAACGAGGUGGUGGCGGCAGAGAGGGUGGAGGCGGCCGUGAGGAGGUUGAUGAUGGCGGAGGAGGGCGGUGAGAUGAGGAGGAGGGCUAAGGAGUUGGGAGCUUCCCUUAGCAGAGAUGGGGAGAUGGAUUCCUUCAUCACACAUAUCACUAGAUAGAUAAAUUCAUUUUUGCCCAUUUUUCAUUAUGUUACAUUCCAUGUAUAUUCAUUUGUCUUUAUGUUUAUGAACAACUGCCACCUAUCAUAAA